AUGGCAACCUUCGCGCGCCCGGUCGCCUCGACCAUCAAUGGGGUCGACUUUAAUGUCUACUCCGAAGAGGAGAUUAAAGCUCUCUCAGUGAAACGCAUUCACAAUACUCCGACUUUGGAUUCUUUCAACAACCCUGUCCCUGGUGGUCUGCAAGACCCUGCUAUGGGUGCAUGGGGAGACCAUGUAUGCACUACCUGUCGCCAGAACUCUUUCACCUGUACCGGACACCCAGGUCACAUUGAGCUUCCAGUACCCUUCUAUAAUGUUACUUUCUUCGACCACAUCUUCCGCCUUCUCCGAGCACAAUGUGUGUACUGUCUUCGUCUCCAGAUGGGUCGCAACCAGGUCAACAUGUAUACCUGCAAGCUGCGCCUCUUGCAAUAUGGAUUGACCGACGAAGUCGCCAUUGUCGACACCAUGGGAUCCACCAAAGGUGGCAAAUCAAAGGCAGCAAAGGGCAAGGAGCAGGACUCAGAUGAUGACGAUGAACCCGAUGACGAGGAUUACAUGAAAAAGCGCACUGAGUACGUCUCUAGACGUAUCAGAGAGGCCAAGAAGUCGGGUCAACUGGAAGGCUUGAUGGCGGGUGGACAGAACCCCAUCGCCGCAGAGGCCCGACGAGAGUUGAUCAAGACGUUCCUGAAGGAUAUCAAUUCCUACAAGAAAUGCGUCAACUGCAGCGGCAUGUCUCCCUCGUAUAAGAAAGAUCGCUACAACAAGAUUUUCCGCAAGCAACUGGUUGAGAAGUCGAAGUUGGCAAUGGCACAUGGUGGAUUCCAGGCGAAGAACACGAUGGUUCUACUUGACGAGGAACGCAGAUUCCAGUCCAAGAAGGGCGACGUUGAGGCUUUGCAUGGUGCGGAGGAAGAGAUUCGCCUCGGAGCGGCUGUUAUGCAGCAAGCAGAGGCAACGGCCGGACAGGAGUUUAUGUCUUCUUCCGAAGUAUAUGCGUCACUUCACUUCCUCUUCCAGAAAGACAGUGAGAUUUUGCAGCUUGUGUACAACUCUCGGCCCGUGCCUAAGGGCGCAAUUGUUGUGACCGAAGACAUGUUCUUCAUCAAGAGCCUGAUGGUACCUCCGAAUAAGUACCGCCCAGCAGUGCAGCAGGGUGCUGGAACAGUCAUGGAGGCACAGCAGAACACUUCAUUCAAUGCGAUUCUGAAGGGAUGUGAUACCAUCAACCAGAUUAGCAAGGAGAUCCAAAACGAGGAGGAGAAGACAAUGUCACGGGCACGCAACUACAGUGACCUCCUCCAGGCCAUGGUGCAGCUCCAAGAUCAGAUUAACGGCUUGAUCGACCGCGAUCGUACCUCCGUCACUGGCGCUGCUGCCGCCGCCCAGCCGAACGGUAUCAAGCAGAUUCUGGAGAAGAAGGAGGGUCUCUUCCGAAAGAACAUGAUGGGAAAGCGUGUCAACUUCGCUGCUCGUAGUGUUAUUUCACCCGAUCCCAACAUCGAGCCCAAUGAGAUCGGUGUUCCCCUUGUCUUCGCCAAGAAGCUGACUUUCCCUGAACCUGUGACAAACCACAACUUCUGGGAGUUGAAGGAAGCUGUUAUCAACGGCCCUGACAAGUAUCCCGGUGCUUCCUCCAUCGAGAACGAAAACGGCCAAGUCGUCAACCUCAAGUUCAAGAAUCUCGAAGAGCGCACAGCACUUGCCAACCAAUUGCUUGCGCCGUCAAAUUGGCGCCAGAAGGGCUCACGCAACAAGAAGGUUUACCGUCAUCUUACCACCGGUGAUUAUGUCUUGAUGAACCGUCAGCCCACACUUCACAAACCCUCUAUCAUGGGUCAUAAGGCUCGUGUCCUUCCUAAUGAGCGUGUCAUCCGCAUGCACUACGCCAACUGUAACACCUAUAACGCUGAUUUCGAUGGUGAUGAAAUGAACAUGCAUUUCCCCCAGAACGAACUGGCUCAGGCAGAAGCUAGAAUGCUUGCGGAUGCCGAUCAUCAAUAUCUCGUUGCCACAUCAGGUAAACCUCUGAGAGGUCUGAUUCAGGAUCACAUCUCCAUGGGAACGUGGCUCACUUGCCGUGACAGCUUCUACGACGAAGAAGAUUAUCACCAGCUGCUGUAUAGUUGCUUGAGACCUGAGCAUUCGCACAUUGUUAGCGAGCGGAUCCAACUCGUUGAGCCUGCUAUGCGUAAGCCAAAGUGUCUUUGGACCGGAAAGCAGAUUAUCACCACAAUUCUCAAGAACAUCCAGCCUGCAGAGCGCGGAGGUCUGACCUUGAAGAGCAAGUCUUCCACCCCCGGUGACCGAUGGGGCGAGGGCAAUGAGGAAGGAGAAGUCAUCUUCCAAGAUGGAGAGUACUUGUGUGGUAUUCUUGAUAAGAAACAGCUUGGUCCCACUGCUGGUGGUCUUAUCGAUGCUAUCCACGAAGUUUACGGAUAUAACACCGCUGGAAAACUCAUCGGUGUUCUUGGAAGACUUCUUACCCGCGUCCUGAACCUGCGGGCAUUCAGUUGUGGUAUCGACGAUCUUCGAUUGACCAAGGAGGGUGAUCGCGUUCGUAAGGAGAAAUUGGCUACCGCGCCCCAGAUGGGUCGUGAAGUCGCACUGAAGUACGUGACCCUGGACAAGGCUCCUGGUGAUCAGACUCCCGAGUUGAACCGACGAUUGGAGGAGGUUCUUCGUGACGACGACAAGCAGAGCGGUUUGGAUAGCGUUUCCAACGCCCGCUCUGCCAAGCUUUCGUCCGAGAUCACCAGCGCUUGUCUGCCACACGGUCUUGCUAAGCCUUUCCCCUGGAACCAGAUGCAGUCUAUGACGAUAUCUGGAGCCAAGGGAUCUGGUGUCAACGCCAACCUGAUUUCUUGUAACCUGGGUCAGCAGGUUUUGGAAGGUCGCCGUGUACCCCUUAUGAUCAGUGGAAAGACCCUUCCAUCAUUCAAAGCCUUCGAAACACACCCUAUGGCUGGUGGUUACGUCUCUGGUCGUUUCUUGACUGGUAUUAAGCCCCAGGAGUACUACUUCCACGCCAUGGCUGGUCGUGAGGGUCUCAUUGAUACUGCCGUCAAGACCUCUAGAUCCGGUUAUCUGCAACGUUGUUUGAUCAAGGGUAUGGAAGGCCUCAAGGCAGAGUACGACUCAUCUGUUCGCGAAUCAUCCGACGGAUCUAUCGUCCAGUUUUUGUACGGAGAGGACGGUCUCGAUAUUACCAAACAGGUCCACCUGAACGAUUUCGACUUCCUCGCUCAGAACCACGUCUCUAUUUCCAAGCAGGUCCAAGCCGACGAUUUCACCAAGCUGGCCAAGGAAAAUGUUUCGACUUGGCACAAGGAUGCAAUGAAGGCCGUUCGCAAGACUGGCAAGGUCGAUGCUAUGGACCCUGUGCUGUCCCACUUCCCCCCUGGAGGAAACCUGGGCAGUACGUCUGAAGCGUUUGCCCAAGAACUUAAGAAGUACGAGGACGCCAACAAGAACAAGCUCCUCAAGGACAAGAAGAAGGACAUUGAGGGUAAACUCAACAAGAAGACUUUCGAGGCCUUGAUGAACAUGAAGUACAUGAAGUCUAUCAUUGAUCCUGGUGAGGCGGUCGGAAUUAUGGCCGGUCAGUCCGUUGGAGAGCCGUCCACACAGAUGACUCUUAACACUUUCCAUUUGGCUGGUCACUCGGCGAAGAACGUCACACUGGGUAUCCCCCGUCUACGUGAAAUCGUUAUGACAGCAAGUGCCAACAUUAUGACACCCACCAUGACCCUUCUCUUGAACGAGGGUAUCUCCAGCGAGGACGGCGAGAAAUUCGCCAAGGCCAUCAGUAAGCUUACUGUUGCUGAACUUGUCGAUAAGGUGCAAGUCAAGGAACGCAUUGGCUCUGGCAUCGGCCACUCAAAGGCCAAGAUCUACGACAUUGAGAUCACCUUCUUCCCAUCCGAAGAGUACACCAAGGAGUACGCCAUUGAGACUAGGGAUGUCUUGAAUGCUCUGCAGUCCAAGCUUGUUCCUCGACUGGUCAAGCUCACCAAGGCCGAGCUCAAGAAGCGCAACGAUGAGAAGAAGGGUGUUAAGGGUAGCACUUCUCAACCCGAGAUUGGUGUCUCAGUCGGAAGAAUCGAAGAGGCGCCCAGAGGCGCUGACUCUGAGGCGCAACCUGCCGACGACGACAACGAGGAUGACGAGGAUGACGCCAAACGAGCUUCCGGAGCUCAGAACCGGGGCAACCAGGUUUCCUACGAGGGACCCGACGAUGGCGAGCAGGCCAUCAUCAACCGCCAAGGCACUCCUGACGAAGUUGACGACGAAGAAGAAUCCAGCAAGCCUUCAAAGACCACCCGUGAUGUGGAGAUGAAGGACGGAUCCGAUUCAGAGGAUGACUCCGACGACGAGGUUGCUCAAGACAGCAAGGCACGUGAAGAUGACUUGCUGGGCAAGUUUGAGGAGGUCACGAAGUUCAAGUUCGACCCCAAGAAGGGCCUCACCUGUAACAUCCAGCUGCAGUACGACGUCGAGACCCCCAAGCUUCUGCUUCUUCCUCUGGUUGAGAAGGUCCUCCACCUUUCCGUCGUUCAGUCCAUCCCCAACAUGGGCAACUGUGUCUUCGUCGAGGCCGAUGAGGCAAAGGGCGAUCCCGCCAACAUUCUCACGGAUGGUGUCAACUUGAUUGCCAUGCGUGAUUACCAGGACAUCAUCAAGCCUCACUCCAUGUACACCAACUCCAUCCACGACAUGCUCAACCUCUACGGUGUGGAAGCUGCCCGUGCUACCAUUGUUCGUGAAAUGGAUGCCGUUUUCGGUGGUCACAGUAUCUCCGUUGACAACCGUCACUUGAACUUGAUCGGUGAUGUGAUGACCCAAUCUGGUGGCUUCAAGGCCUUCAGCCGUAACGGCCUGGUCAAGGAAGCAUCAUCUGCUUUCGCGCGUGCCAGUUUCGAGACUACUGUCGGCGCCCUGAAGGACGUUGUUCUUGAGCGUGGUGUUGACAACCUCAAGAGCCCCAGUAGCAGAAUCGUUGUUGGUCGUAUCGGUACUGUUGGUACCGGUUCCUUCGAUGUUCUUGCUCCUGUAGCAUAG